UGUCAUUAUCUGCACAAAAUACUUCACAAUUCACAGUGGAUGAUUGUAUUAUAAAAGAAUCUAUGAAACCAGACCUUGGAGAUUUCACACUGGAGGAAUACACUGAGAAAAUCAUACAGUAUGGUUACCAAAUGCUUUUUUCCAUUUCCUUUCCUCUGGCACCACUCCUUUUUUUCAUAACCAUUCUGUGUGACAUACGUGUUGAUGCCAAGCGACUGUUAUGGAUGUAUAAACGCCCCAUUGCUUUCAUGGCUCAAGACAUUGGUCAAUGGUUGACAAUAUUAGAUCUGAUAAAUGGAGUAGCGGUGGUGACCAACGCCUGUGUGAUUGCUUUCAACACAGAUUUUGCGAGGGAACGGCCCUUUCAUGAACAACUGGUCAUCCUCAUUGUAAUUGAGCAUAUAGUGUUUGUGGCGAAGUUUCUGCUGUCAACUAUCAUACCAGAUGUUCCUCAACACAUACUCCUGGCAAUGAGAAAGGAGAAAUACCAAGUGGCAACAAAAAUGAGAGGUUAUCCGAGCAGCCUUCACCAAUUCCAACGAUUCUAAUUUCUCAAGGCGUACUUGUCCUACAGAAACGAUUGGAUCUAAACUGCACUUUAUUCUUGUAAUUCCUAAUGAAUCACAUUAUGGAAACACCAUUCAAGAUCAACAAAUUCCUUUUGUGAAGUUGAAUAAUU